GCUUGCCAACAUAGAUCAAGCCGUGAAGCAGCGAUCUUUUUAUUGAAAACCAGAAAACGUUCGCCCAUAUUUAUUGUUCAAUCAUAAAAUCACUGUCUGCCAGCAUCCCCGGACCAUUCCCGACUCGGCCUUUCUUUACUGCAAUUCACUUCUGCCAAGAACAAAGGCCCUAUGCUGUGCACUCUCGUUACUUAGUACCUAGCACUAAGCUCAGCUCCUGCGUCUCAUCGCAUACUACCCACCCAUGGGGGAGUCCGCCAUGGCCGUUUUCCGCCUAACCAGAUAUUCCUCCUUCAUUGCUCUGGCCCUGGUUAUCGUGCUCCUUUGGCGAGGCAUUUCUCCUGUCGCCUCCAGUUCCCGCCCCGCUCCUGUUUUCGCAGCAACGCGGGCCAGGAUUCGGUUCACUCCUUCCAGCUUCAACUGGUCCUCUGCUAAGCAGUAUCACCCAGUGUCUUCAUACGCAUCUCUGCCAAAGGGGAAACCAAAGACGCUUCCAGAAGUCCAGCAUAGGUUCCCCGCCAAACACGGUGGCAGCGUAACCGAAGAGCGCAGGAAAGCUGUCCGUGAUGUCUUUCUUCGCGCCUGGACGUCAUAUAAACAGCAAGCCUGGGGCUGGGAUGAGUUGCAACCAGUCACAGGAGGAGGCAAGAACACUUUCGGCGGGUGGGCGGCCACUCUUGUGGAUGCCCUUGACACUAUGUGGAUCAUGGAGCUUUACGACGAAUUUUACGAAGCCGCUGAGUACGCUGCUCAGAUAGACUGGGCUAAGACGCCCGAGACAAGCGCCAAUAUGUUUGAGACCACAAUUCGUCAUCUCGGCGGUUUGCUCAGCGCCUAUGACCUAAGUCGCGAGCCAGCAUUACUUGAAAAAGCUCAGGAGCUUGGCGAAAUGCUCUACAUGGCUUUCGAUACCCCCAACCGAAUGCCCGGCUUUUGGCUUGAUUGGGAAAGCGCUCGAUCAGGAAGACAAAAUGCGGGCACCAACGACCCCAGUGCAUCGCCUGCUUCUCUAUCGCUCGAAUUUACAAGGCUUGCACAGCUUACUGGCAGCGAAAAGUACUACGAUGCCAUCGAGCGCGUCCGGAAGUUUCUCGCCGAGAGUCAAGAGAGGUCCAAGCUACCGGGCAUGUGGCCAAGAAAUAUCGACUUCCGCAAUCAGGACGUUUCGAAGGAUAACACCUUUACGUUGGGCGCUCUGGCCGAUUCUCUCUAUGAGUACUUGCCCAAAAUGUUCCUACUGACCGGUGGGCUCGAGCCUGCAUACGAGAGAAUGUACGUCAGGGCCAUAGACGUGGCCACCGAGCACAUCAUCUUCCGCCCUAUGCUUCCCGAUAACAAGGACAUCCUAUUUGCCGGUACAACCUAUGUGAGCUCAGCGGGUGAUAUGCAAUACCACGGUGAGGGUCAGCACCUGUCUUGCUUCGCUGGCGGUAUGUAUCUGCUGGGAGGUAAGAUCUUCAGCCUUGAGGGGCAUGUCGGAAUCGGGGAUCGCCUCACUCGUGGGUGUACCUGGGCGUAUGAUUCCUUCCCAACAGGCCUUAUGCCUGAAAUCUUCGACACGUUCAGGUGCUCGUCCAAAGAAAAUUGCGACUGGGUUGCCGAACAAUGGGAGAAAGAAGGUGACAAAAGGCUCCCUAAGGGGUUCAAAAGCGUUCACGACGCCAAGUACAUCCUACGACCCGAGGCCAUCGAGAGCGUGUUUUACCUUUAUAGGAUAACUGGACAGGAGGAACUGCGGGAUAUUGCUUGGAAGAUGUUUGAGAGUAUUAUCAAGUCUACUGAGACAACUCUUGCAUAUUCAGCGAUUUCGGACGUCACAGUCACUGGAGAAACCCAGAAGCAGAAUUCUAUGGAGAGCUUCUGGUUGGCUGAAACGCUUAAAUAUUUCUACCUGAUAUUUUGUCCCGAGGAUACCAUCAGUCUUGAUGAAUGGGUAUUCAAUACUGAGGCCCAUCCCUUGAGACGCCCUAGGUGAUUCUCUCUUAAACGGGAUAGUUAGUAUUGUUAAUUAUAUUAAAGUAGCUUAGUA